GGACAGGUAAGCUUAGCAUGAAUAUUACAGUCACAAAUACUGAUGAUUAAUCAUUAUGAUUCCUGAUGCUGCAGGAUCACAGAGCUGCUGCUGCUGCUGUUGAAAAGAUGUUUCCAUUGGAUAUGGAACCAAAUUCAGUUGAUGACCAAUAUGAGGGUUGUAGAGAGAAAAUGGCAAACCUGGUAAAGACAACAUAUCUAAAGAAGGAAAUCAACAGCUCAACUGAUUUUAAAAUUGCUUGGAAAAAAGCGAAAGACUUUGUCAAGACCCAAAAUUACAAAGACCUGACAAAUAAUAAUUUAAUUGCUAUUUAUGUGUACAGUGAUAGUAAUUUAUUUAAGCAUUUUAAUCCUGACACUCGUUACGGUAAAAAACAUUACAAACAAAUGAGAUACAAAUGGUAUUCACUUCACUUUCUGUUAACAGAAGCGAUACAGAUUCUGAAGAAAACUCAAAAUAAAUGUUAUUCAACUUUUCGUGGUACCAAAGCUGAAUUUGAUAAGCAUGUUCUGAACAAAGAGGUUAGUUUUGGCCAGUUUGCUUCAUCCUCUCUUGUUCAUAAAAAAGCCAGUUUUGGAAAUGUAUCUUGUUUUGAAAUCCACACGUGUGAAGGAGCUGAUGUGCCAAAAUACUCUAAGCUUCCUCAUGAGAAAGAGGUACUGAUUCCUCCAUACGAGAAGUUUAGAGUCACUGCUGUCAAGACAAGAAAAGGUCAGAAAGAUCUCUGGUGUGACACUGUGUAUGUGCUGGAAAGCUCUGGAAACAGAAGUGACCUGAACUGUGCUCUAUUCAAAAAACCAACCAAGACCAAAAUAAAGUAA